AAGAACUUAUCAAUCCAAUAUUGAAAUUAUACCUAUUAAUAAUCAAAUUGAACAAGAUUUUUAUAAUCAAGAAGAAUUUAAUGAAUUUGAUAUUUCAAGUAAUUCUAUUUUAGAUGAAUCUAUUUUAUAUGAAUCUAUUUUAGAUGAACCAAUUUUAGAUGAGUCUAUUCUAAGUGAUGAACAAUAA